AUGAGAAUCAACCAACAAUCACAUGUCUGGUACUCCUUUCUUCAAACGCAUAACUAUACGCCAACGAGUACCCCACACGAAAACGUGUACGGGACCCGUACCAUCGCUCCUGGUUUCUAG